UGGUAAAGAAUCUGGGGGAAUCCGGCGGCAGUGCGUGGUACGUUUUCACUUCGAAUGGAGUUGUUUGUCGUUUUACGUGGUGUUGAGACAGUGUACGGUGCGGUGCGGUGCGGUGUGCUUUGAUUGAGUUGGUGUGUUUCGUCUAAAUAAACUAAUUCCGUAAAAAGGUGCGGUUCGCUGUGGUAUCGUCAACUGUCGUCGCGAUUGCUUCGAAAACGGCCAAGUGUUCGUAGUUGCACCCCGACAGGAUACUGCGCGCCUCACCUUUCCUCGUCUCGUCCCAUUUUGACUUACGACCCGGCUGCGGUCGUGUCGCGCGGCCGUUUCGCCGAUCGCGAAAGUGUGCUGUGCAUGCUACCGUAAACCACAAGAGCAGACUCGUGCGUUUCGCGGAGGAUGUUGGAUCGCGACACGGCGAUACAUCUCGUCGCCGGAGGAGUGGCUGGUACGGCAGGAGCUAUAGUGACUUGUCCUCUUGAAGUAGUAAAAACUCGAUUGCAAUCGUCCUCUUCCGGCUUUUAUCCGCCGCCAGUAAAGAAAGAAUUCACUUCCGGCCAUCCCACGUGCAAGGGCUCGCCAACGCCCGAACAACGCAGGAAGUUAUGCACCAGCUAUCCCAGGUAUUCCAGCCACUUCGUGGCCCUCUCGCAUUUCGGCGUCUCUACUUCGCCACCGCACUCCUCCCGGUAUGCGCCGGGCAUCUACCAGUGCUUAAGAUACAUUAUUAAAAAUGAGGGUGCACGUGGAUUAUUCAAAGGUCUCGGACCGAAUCUCAUCGGCGUGGCACCCUCCAGGGCGAUCUACUUCUGCGCGUACUCGAAAAGCAAAGUCGCCUUCAACGCGAUACUACCUCCCGACACUCCGAUCGUUCACGUCUUCGCGGCAUCCUGCGCUGGUUUCACCGCGUGUACAUUGACAAAUCCGAUUUGGUUCAUAAAAACCAGACUACAGCUGGAUCACCGAUCGCAAAAAGUUACUGCGAUAGAAUGCAUGCGGAGGAUAUAUCGCCAAUCGGGUAUCCUAGGAUUUUACAAAGGUAUCGUGGCGUCCUACGUAGGUAUAAGCGAGACUGUGAUACACUUUGUGAUAUAUGAAGCGGUGAAGGCGUGGCUAGCUACACACAGAUCUCGAGCAUCGAAGACGGAUGACAGGAAGACGUUUCGCGACUUCAUCGAGUUCAUGGCAGCGGGCUCGUUUUCGAAAACAAUAGCGUCAACCCUCGCCUAUCCACACGAGGUCGCGAGGACUCGGUUGCGAGAGGAAGGCUCUAAGUACCGCACGUUUUGGCAAACUCUGAACACCGUAUGCGUAGAGGAAGGUAUGAAGGGCCUCUAUCGUGGCCUCGGCACUCAACUGAUUCGACAAAUUCCAAACACCGCUAUCAUAAUGGCGACGUACGAGGCGGUGGUGUACGUGCUGACCCGGCACUUCCGGCCGGUCGUCGUGAAAACAUCUAGCACCGAUGCGACAUCCGAAUUCUACAGCGAGGCCAAAGCGAAGAGGGAACUGGCCUAGGAUUUGCUCACGGCCCCCGAGUAAAGGGCCACCAACCAUCUCCUUGUCUCCAGUAGGCGAAGGUCGCGCGAGGGCACCGUCCUAAGAUCUUAUCGCACGUUUAGGCAUGCUGGAAGUGCUUCGGUGCCUUGAUAGGUGCUAUGUAACCAGAAGGUAUCAGCGCGUUGACCGCACUUUACUCUAAAAGUGUGUAGCAAAAAGUAGUCCUUCCUCCUUUCAGGUAGUAUGUGCGUAUGGAUCCGAUAUACCUUGCAGGGAAAAAGAGAGAGAGGGAGAGAGAGAGAGAGAGAGAGAGAGAGAGAGAAAAGGAGAAGCAGAGAAAGAAGGUAUUAUGAAGAAGUGCAUGUUUAAUGUCGGAUGGAUGGAAUCUGGACUUUUCAUUUCUUGCUGAAACUUGAACAUGUGAGCACCGGAAAAAAAAGAAAGGACUUACAUUUGCGUAAGAUUUAUUCUUACAGGCAAAAUUGUUCUUCAAUACUUCAAUAUAUUUAUAUAUAUUGAAAAAUAUAACUCGUUUCAAGUCUAGGACCACACGAGGCUCCCUACGAAUGUAAUAUAAUCACUGUUAACUUCCAGAUCUUCGAUGAGCUUUGCUUCUGGAAUCGUUCUCUGUUUCACGAUUCGCAGCUUCUUUCUCUGCAUCUUACAAAGAACAGCUCUUUUUUUGUUAGUUUUUCUUUUAUAAAACAAAAGAUUACAAAGGCAAGAGAACAGAAGACACUAAGCUGCAGAUUCGUUUCUUGAAAUGGCUCUUAAUUAUUAUUAUUGUAUCUGCUCCAUGGAAGAGCAUGAAUUAUGUAAUAAAAAAUGGUUUCUGAUUUAGUAAAAUCAGAUUUAGGAUUUUCAAGUCGUUUGGAAUGUGAUCGCUACAUUUAGCUAGAAAUCCAUUACUUUAACCGAUUCUUGUCGUAGUAGAAUAUUAUAUAUUCAUCUCUAAGAAAGCUUUGAUAGAUUGUCGUAGGACUCUAGCGAGUUUUACGGCGCGUUUGUAAAAUUGUGAUUUGACAUUAAUUUUUAUCAAAAAACCAAGUUGUUUUAUGUUCUAUUCAAUUUAUACGUCUGAUUUUGGACAGUACUAUGGAAAAUCAAAUCAUCAAAUCAAAAACUAUGGAAAAUUAUAGUUUACCGUUUUGAUAUUAAUGCAAGAAACGUUAUUACAAAAGUAAUAUCGACAGUUACAAAUUAUCCGCAAUAUAAUAUUUAUAAUGUAAGUUAUUACAGGGUUAUAUCGACGAUAAAUUUUAAGUUUAAAACUUUCAAUUAAAACGAACAUAUUUUAGAUACAGUAUGUUAUUGUAAUCUACGUUUACAACUUCUAGUUUGUUCAUGUUUGUUAUAUCAUUUUGUUAUAUAAAGUUACACAUGUUAUAGAGUUUUUCUAUAUAUUCAACUUCAUUUUGUUAUGAUAAUUUUGUUCGUAUAAUUCUCAUGUCACAAUUUUACUAUAUUUCCUCAUCUACUUCAAAAACCAAUUUUAUCAGGUGCUGAAAUUGCAAUUUUCUUUGCCGAAAAGUUGCUAAUAGAUGAUAAAACGCAAUCAACAUUUCUUGAUUGAAACCGAGAUGUACAUUUUAUGUAACUUAAACAAAAGUAGCAGUGUUAACAAUUGCAACACCUAUCAGAGAACUAGCGUGUGGUAGGCUGUUCCGAUAGUUUCCACUUUAUUUAUGUAGAAAGAUGUCGCAACGUCAUGUACAUAUCCAGAGCCUUAGGUCCUAGCCGUAAAUUUACGAACGUUAAAUUAGCUAUAUGUAACGUCGCAUACGAUCUUCAAAAAGAGAGCUGAAAAAGUAUUACGAGGACAUAAAGUCACUGUCAAUAUAUUAGCGUACGUCUCUUACAGAUCUUAUUAUCAGAUACGCCUGACGAUUUAUAUUAAUUUCAUUAUUUCUUGAAUUAUUUUCAAAUACCUUGGAGAGGUUUUUAGGGAAAGGUAUCAAAAAAGAAGUUUUGUGUUGACUUUAAGAUUCAUAUGGAGAUUAUGCUUUACGAAAAAAAAAAACACUCAUUUUUCCAAUUUUUAAACAUGUAACAAUCGUUAGAAAAUAAUGUUUCACAGUUUGUAAUUUUACAUUUUAAUGUGUUCUAUAAUUGUUUCUCAUUGUAUUACAAUGCAAACUUAUAAUUUAAACGAUUUAUGUAGUGAUAUAUUCUUAAAUGCGUGCCAUUUCUUUGUAUACCUUAAUAUAUUUUUCACAUCUAUCAAAAUCAAGAUUGUCCUCAAUUAAUGAAAUAAUUAAUGAAAGUAUAAUAUGUACUUUUGUUUUUGUACAGUGAUUACUUAAUUCUCUAUUCACAUAUUCACAUAUAAUUGCAUCAAUAUUUUAUAUCAACGUCCUAGAUCCUAAUUCGAUACACUUGACACGUUUCGCACAAUUUUGUAGUUCAAGAAUUUAUGCUUUACGUAUUGUUUUCCAAAAUCAAUUACAAACUUGUGUUUAGUCAAUCGGUACUCUUCGAUUUAUAUUGUGACUUCGACUGAGAGAACAUUAAAAACAUCACGAAUAACGAUAGUUAAUACAUCCAGAUUCACUGGUUAUCUAGAGGAAAAACCCUUCUCUAUACUGUGUACGUAAAGAAACUGUGAUUUUAUUUUAUUCAUUACCAGUGGAGCUUGGCGCUUAGCAAUUAAGCAACGCGACAGGUCAUGCGACAUUCAUAUAGGAUUUAUAUACUCUGUUUCACAAGUCACAUAAAUUAGAUAUGAUAAUAAUAUAAUGUAUUAGGAUAUAUUAUAUUAGAAGUGACAGAAAAAAAUCAUCAGUUCUUUACUUUCCUUGUGCAAUUAAUUUGGGAUUAAUUUUAAUAAAAAUUUAAUUAUCAAUAAUUAACACUGAGAAUUAAAAAUUGACAUACAUACCCGAAUAUCUCGAGUUUUCUUUCCAGAAUGAGUCUUGAUUCAGUAUCGAAGAAUAGUGUGAAACUUCUGAAACAUUGUAUGUAAUUGAUAUAUUAAUUGUUAACAUCGUGUUAAGACAUUAUAGUACUGUUGUCAAUUGUAAAUGUAUGCGCGAGAAUUCUAAGUGCCAGGCUGUGUUGUUAUUAGUCAUACGUAGUCAUCGCAUAAGAGUAUCUUUUAAAAAAUCAUAGAAGAGUUUGGAAAUCAGAUUGUCAAGUUGUACAGCAUGUACAGAUGUUAAAUUGAGAGUCAUUAUAGAAUUAAGCGACGAAUUUUUCUAACGAAGUUGGCGACGAGAGGCGGCGAAAGUGUAAAGAGAAUGAAAGAGAAAUUAUGAGAAAAAGUGCAUGAAAAACGAGCGGUUCGUUAAAGAAGACUGAUGUUGUACAAUUACUUAGUAUGAGAAAAUUAAUGCGUAUAUAAAUGUGUACAGGCUUUUGUAACUGGUGAUACAAUCGGAAAAGCAAUGACCUGCUGUGUAAAAAAUGAGAAAAUGUAAAAUAAAUUUUUCCAGUGUGAGAAAACUUUUUCUACAUUUUCAAUUUAUUUUUUCAUCUUUGCCAGUUAUGGGACAGCCUGUAUAUGUAUAUUAUCUUACAUUAUGAUACUGUUGUAAGAAAGCUGUAAAAAAGCUGUAACGUACAGACAUGUACAUAAUACAAAAAUUUAUGUGUAUAUAAGUAUCUCAAUAAAGAGUAAACUGAAGUAA